AUGAGAUUUGGAAAAAAAUGGCCGUCGUUUUCAAGAUAUUUGGAAAAUACAAAAGAAAGCGGAAAAAAUAACGUUUUUUUGAAGGUAAUGAAAAAUAAUAAUAUCAAUAGGAUGGAUUGUGAGCUAGAGACUAAAGUGCUAGUAGAGAAGAAAAGAAGAGAACUAAUAGAAAAAUACAAAAUCCUGAAAGAAAACCUUCACAGAGCAAAAGAAUGCACAAAAGAAAAAGAAAAACUCCUUGAAAGCGAACGAAGUGCAAAUAAAGCGUUCCGCCUAAAGAUGAACUCAGAAAAGCAGGCAAUAAAUACAGUAACAAAAGAAAAAUCUCAGUUGAUAAAACAAAUCGAGGAAUUAGACACGAAGCUGCAGGCCCAGACGAAGUAUAACGAGCAGCUGAGUUCAAAAAUCGAGGAGCUGGAGAAUGAGAACAAAGAAAAAUUAAUGGACAAAGACCUGAAACUGUCCGGACUAAGAAUAGACAACCAAGAGUUGAAGAAAAAGCUUCAGGCGUACCAGAAAAAAGACCCGAAGUUAGCGAAGAAAAUGGAGCAAUUAGAGAAGCAGAAGAAGCUAAAAAAGUCCCAGCCGUUCAACUCGACUCGGAACACGGGCUUGGUUGACCUGUCUGCCCUGGAUAACGUCUCCGAGGAACCUGGAAGCUCCCCGGAACACGAGGUCGACAUUCCCCUGGAGCAAGAGUUCGACAUUCCCCUGGAAGACAUUUCAACAAGAGACCAAGGAACCGACACCUGCGACCUCUCCUUUGAGCUAGUUCCUACCCCCAGAAAACGCGGUUCCAAGAAGAUCAUGCGGAACAUGGAGUGCCAGGUUGGUCCCAAGCUCCAGGAUCGAUCUACCAUGACCAAGAGCUUGAGUCGUAGUCAGGAAUUGUAUCCUCUGUACUGCAAAGAGUGCCACAAAUCCCUCGGCCCGAAGCCGAUUGACGAAAUCUUGAACACUAUGACCUCCCUUUCGCCUAAACUUGAUGCUAUAGGGCCUCCAGAAGCCCCCAGGAAGUCCCUACCGGCGAUUUUACCCUCCACGAGCACCUACAAUGACGAUGCAACCCAAAACGCGGUCGAAAUAGCGCGAUUUGCUUCUCGACAAGAUGGCGGACAGGUGUCACAAAAUGGCGGAGAAAAAAUUGAAAAGAGACUGGGAAAGAUUGAAAAACAGCUCAAAGGGUUACAGAAGGGACAGGCUCCGUGUUGUGGACACAACACUGGUGGAGGGGACUUGCAGGUUAAUUUGCUGACGACGCUCCUGGAGAAAGUUUUGAGGAAGAGUCCGGUUAAGAGGAAACGGAAGGAACUGAAGGGAAGAGUUGCUAAGAAAAAAGUCAAGAAGAACUCUCGAGGACAAGUUCAUGAGAAGAGUUCUAGGUCUAGGAAGAAAAAACGAUCGAGAACGUCUAGGAGUUCGUCUAGAAGUUCGUCUGAUAGUUUAAGUUCUGAGAACUCGAGUUCUUCUGAAAGUUCUAGAAUUUCGAGUUCCUCGAGAAGUUCUUCAAUGUCCAGGAGUUUGUCUAGAAGCUCUAGAAGGUCAUGUUCCAGGGACCGUAAGCGUUCCGAGGGUUCCAGUUCUAGGAACCUGUCUCGUGUUGGUUCCAGGAACCGUAAUAGUCUUAGUCCAAGUCCCAAAAACAACAGACGUUCUUUAGAUUCUAGAUUUAGGAACCGUGAGCGUUCCGUAAGUUCCAAUUUCAAGAAUCCUCGUUCAAGUUCCAGGAACUGUAAUGGUCCUAGUCCAAGUUCCAAGAACAACAAACGUUCCAGAUCUAGGAACCGUGAACCUUCCAUAGGUUCCAAUUCCAGGAAUCCAUCUCGUUCAAGUUCCAGAAACCGUAUUAGUCUUAGUUCUAAGAACAACAAGCGUUCUGACAGUUCCAGUUCCCAGAAUCGCAAUCGUUCCAGGAACCGUGAGCGUUCCAAGAGUCUUAGUAAGGAACCAACUCCCAGAAGUUCUUCAAAGCAUUCUAUUCAAAGCCGUGUUCGUAAACCUCGAAGAAGAUUAAUAUCAGACGACGAACUGGAACCGUUUCAGGAACCUACGAACAGCGAAAGUGACAUAAGCGCUCCAAAGUUUAAGAAUCCUGUGUCUGCAGUUAAGAACCGACCCGAUCCUGGAAUGUUCAGUCCAGACUUGAUCUCGAAAACUUUAACUAAUACUCUGGAACCUAAAGAAGUUCCGGAACCUAAACGCAAGGGAACCAAGGGUCCGAAGACUACUGCGCAGGUGCAGACGCAGUUACUCAAGAAGUUAAGGAAAUUGAAGACCAAUAAACCGGCGACGACUCCCUGUUCCAGUUCCUUGACGCCCACGGAAGUUUGCGAAGUUACGAAGCGCAAAAGAAUUGCGCAUGUUCCAAAGGAACCGGGAGAGGUUACGCUGCCGGUUAAAAAGAGAAAGACUAGAUCUAUGGCUGCUAAGAAAAGUGAUUGUUCCGGUGAAACACCUAAGGAUGUUAUGGAACCUGAGAACGGAACCGAGAACGAAGAAAGUAAGGUUCCAGAAAGUUCUCCGGCGAAGGCUGUUUUGAUGGAAGAAGUUCCGGCUGUUAAGAAGCGCGAAAAUUUAAUCGACGAGACUCCAGACCAUGAACAAUCCGUCAACAGUCCAGAAGUUAUGGAUAGUUUGAACACCGAGUCUCCAGCAAGUCCAGAUCCAGAGGGUUCUAUUGACGCAAAUCUAGCAAAUAUAUUGUCCGAAACUUCAGCAGAUCCUAAGAACCUAGAACUGGAACCAAAAGAAUCAAAUGUAGAGAACAUUCUAGAAUCCCCUGAAUCUCCAGAUCCUACAUCUGACGAGCUAAUUCUAGAUACCGCCACAAGUUCUGAAUCUCCUGAAAUUUCUCUCGGCAUCGACAUCGCAAUGAACACAGAAACUUCCGAAGAAGACACCGCAAUAAGGUCGGAGUCGAAGGAUAUGGUUGUGGAAAGUUCCUCGGAAGCUUCCGAUAUCGAGAUGGACGUUGAGACGACUCUAGAACCUGCAACUCCAGAACCUGAGCCUGAAGUUCCGGAAAAAAUUUCAGAUACUUCCGAGAAUGCUACAAUUCCAGUUCCAAAGUUUCUAGAACGAGGAAAACUAGUCACAGCACCUAGAAUGCUUCCAAAAACUAUCGAGAAACCUUGCAAGUCCAACAAACCCAUCGCUCUAGGACGCAAAAGUUCCAACGCCAAGAUGCCAGAAGUCAUCGUCACGAAACCCGAUUCUGAAGUUCUAGAAAGCCAGAACAAUUCCAUGAAUACUAGAACUUUGAGAAGUCGCACUGUUUCUAUUAGUCCCUCACGAGUUCUGCCUAAAAUUCGUAGAAUUUCACCCACAAAAAAUCUUCCAGAAGUACCACUGAUAUCUCCUGGAACUCUAGAAAAUGACUCAAAGCCUUUGGAAUCUAGAAUCUUCGUUCCUGGAACUAAUGUUCCAGGAACAACCACCCCUGUCACUAAUGUUCCUGGAACAUUGGAUCCUGAUUGCUCAGUUCCUGGAACAGCAACUCUUAAAAACUCAGUUCCUGAAACACCAGUUCCCAGAACAUUCGUUCCUGGAACAUCAACCCUUGAAAAGUCAGUUCCUGGAAUACCAGUUCCUGGAACACCAGUUCCCGGAACAUUAGUUCCUGGAACAGUGACGCUCGAAAACUCAGUUCCUGGAACAUCCGUUCCUAGAACCAUGGAACCACCAUUAACAACUGAAAUCUUUCUAAAAAACUCCAAUACUCAUCCAGAAAAUUCAAAUAUUCCAAAUGAACCUCAACGCCAACGAAGCAUCCAGAACCUUCUAGAUUUCUACCUCUUAACAAGAACCACGCCAGUGAUCAUCCAGAACUCUGUCUUGCACAGAAAUGUUGCCAUAAUGAUGUCAGACUCCGCGACGAAGUCAAUCAAAACAGAGUUCCAGCGGUUCCUAGACUCCGAAUGGACUUGCGAACUCACUAACAGUCUGAUCGCGAACUUGAGGAACCUGGAACCCGUCAGCAUCGCUAGUGCUCUUGUAGAAGUUCUGAAAGAACGCUCAGAACCUUUAAGUUACGAACACACGCCACCAGCGCCUCCUAUGACUGUUUCUCAGCAAAAGCUCAUCGGGUUCCUAGCCAAAUUCGAAAUGGAACGACCUGGAACCACGGAACACGUCAUGGUUAUCAUUGCUCAAUUAUUGUUCAAGGUAAAAGCAAGCAAAGAUGACGAUGAAAUCGAUGUCGAAACUCUGCAGGCACUGUCUAGGUUCUUUAUUUUGGUAACCAAGAUCAAGAAAGAUCGGGAACGCGCCAGGAUUUUCUUAUGCGACGCCCUCUAUGCUCUUCAGAAAAAAGCUUUUUAUGUCUUACAUAUUUUUAUGACUUGCUGGGCUGAAGUUAUUCCACGUUAUGACGAAAGUACCAUGAGUUUCUUACCAACAGGAGGAAAUUUGACACAAAAUGGCGGCCAGGGAACACAAAAUGGCGGCUCUGAACAAGAUGGCGGCCAAGAAAGCCAAACUCCAAGUUUUUAUAGUGAAAUAAGUGAAACUUUAUCUUUAAAGACUUUUGGAAGUCAAAAUGGAGGACAAGGAUCACAAAAUGGCGGACGUAGACAAGAUGGCGGACCAGGAACACAAAAUGGAGAUUUUACCUGUUGUCAAAAUGGCGGACAAGUAACACAAAAUGGCGGCGUUAGUCAAAAUGAUGUUAUAGAAACCCGGAAAAAAUAUUUAGUAAUAAGUAUCACGACUGCUAUUAAGAAUCACCGAGAUAAUUCGAAAAAUGAUAACAUAAGUCAAAAAAUUAUUAAUGUAAAAAGAUUACUCAAAACUUUGUACAAUUAUCCCGAUGAAUUUAUAAGUAUAAAGGUAGUCGAGAACUUGUUGGAAGCGAUGAAGGUUAAGAGAGACAACAGCUGUUUAAUAGCCGCCAUUGUUCUGCUCGCCAAGAGAGAGGGCUCGAAUUGGACUUCUCAACAUGUCGUGCCGAAGUUGGUCAAGAUGGUCACCACAGGUGGCGCCAGUAAUAAUGCCUAUGAUAUUUUAACGUUACUCGGAUACAUUUUGCGGCCAUUCCCACUAAACGAUGAAACCAAACAAGUAGAGAAUGUUAUUAACCUAUUAUGCCAAAUUUUGGAUGCCAAAACUGAACCAGUUGAAUUUCAAGAAGGAGCCGCAAUGGCGCUAAUGUCGCUCGCGAGGACCAAUUUUGUCAAAACUGCGCCGACGCUCCUCAGGUGGCGCCCCAGUCGACCAAUCACAGGCGAGCUUAAAACCAGGCUCCAGCACUGGUUCGAGUCUAGGACACCGCAAUAUUGGAACCAGUUCCUAAAAAAUAAUGACCUUAAAGUUGGAAAAGGGUCCAAGUUGAAAUAA